CUUUGCCGUCACGUUGAAGACUCUAUAAAAAAAUCAUGAAUUGUCAAACAGAAAACAGAGCAGUUUUCAUUGCUUCCUCUGACUUUUUUUUCUUUCUUUUCUAUAGAAUAAUUAGUUUUUGUGUCCCGCUUUUCUUUGCAUAUUUUUAGCUUUACAAAAGUUCAGACUUGUUUUCUCGUUCUCUUUUCAUCAUAUUUCGCUCCACCGAUUCUUGUGCAAACUGACAAAGAAGAAUCCCUCUGAUGGCUUUCCUGGUUGUGAGCAGAAGGGAUUAAUUUCGAUUCCGGGGUGGUUGUGUUUCUGCUUUUGAAGCUUUUCAUCUUGCAGUUUCAUAAUUCUGAGACGUGGGUUUCCAGGUGGAUUACGGUCUGGAGUUUGUGUGGAUGACGAAAAGUCAGCUUAAGAAGUUGUAGUCGUUGCUUGUUGUUGGCUUUUUCCCAUGGAUAGGCUUUGCUGCUUCAAUUCUCCUACCCCUCAGCAUGUAGGAGAACAAGCAUCCUCUUUCUCCGGUAAGGGAAGAAACGACGAUGGGAUUGUCAAGUAUGGUUUCAGCCUGGUUAAAGGGAGAGCUGAUCAUCCGAUGGAGGAUUAUCAUGUUGCUAAGUUUGUGAAGACUGAAGGCAGUGAAUUGGGAUUGUUUGCUAUCUAUGAUGGUCAUCUGGGACAUCGUGUUCCAGCAUACCUACAGAAACAUCUGUUCUUGAAUAUACUGAAGGAGGAAGAAUUCUGGGUGGACCCAAAUCGAUCAAUUUCAAAAGCCUAUGAGACAACAGACCAAGCAAUUCUCUCAAAUAGUUCAGAGUUGGGUCACGGUGGAUCAACUGCCGUGACAGCAAUUCUGUUAAACAAUCAAAAGCUGUGGGUUGCUAAUGUUGGAGAUUCAAGAGCAGUCCUCUCGAAAAAGGGUAAGGCAAUACAAAUGACUACGGAUCACGAGCCUAGUAAAGAGAGAGACAGCAUUGAGAACCUAGGUGGCUUCGUCACGAAGAUGCCAGGCGACGUCGCAAGAGUAAAUGGACAGCUUGCCGUAUCCCGUGCUUUUGGAGAUAAGGGCCUCAAGUCUCAUGUACGUUCUGACCCCGACAUAAGGAGCACUGAUGUAGAUGCAUAUACUGAUGUAUUGAUCCUGGCUAGUGAUGGUCUUUGGAAGGUGGUGAAAAAUCAGGAGGCAGUUGAUAUUGCAAGAUCAGUGAGGGAUCCACAAAAGGCUGCCAGGCGUUUGACUAACGAAGCCUUGAGAAGAAACAGCAAAGAUGACAUCUCUUGCAUCGUUGUUAGACUUAGAGGAUAGUGUCGUGUCUCUUUCCCGGAAUUCUUGUUUGUGUCGUGAUAAUAAGGCUACUUAAGCCAUAGGGACAAAUAAAAGGUUUCUGAUGUAAAUUUGUGCUGCUUCUUUUUUCCCUUCUCCUUUGUUGUUAUUAUGGUUGUACUUUUUUCAUUUGAUCUUAGUUUUUUGGCUAUGCUGUGCUGAAACUAAAUCGAAAGCUAUGUGCCCCAAGACCACUUGUUUGUCAAUCUCA